AUGCAAUUAUUCCGACUGGCUGGAACUUCUAUUAUGCUUACAUUUGCACUGCUGGGUACCACUUUUGGUCAACUUACGGUCGUGAAAAAUUUAAAAAUCCCGAAUCCAAUUCCAAAGAAUACUUUUGGCGUUCGUACCGUUUUUGAUGAAGAAACUGCCGAAUACGGAAAAGAUUAUGACUACAAUAAUGGUAAUGGAAAUGCUGAUGGAGUUUGCGCGCACUGGUUAAGAAAGUAUGCAUCCCCAGUUCCAGCAAAUGUAUACCUUACAGGUCCUUGUGUUUUACCGAUCAACGCAACCAGAGAGCAAGAUGUAGUUGCAACUUGUAGAGCAGUUGGCAGUGCAGGUACUAGAACGGGCGCAAAGCUUAACUUUCAACUUUACAUCGAUCCAGAUACGAAAAAGGCUACUGCAGAUUUUCAAGUAAGAGGUAAUGUUUGGUAUGGAUUUGGUAAUGAACCUAGCAAUACUCCUUUACAUCAUGAAUCAAAUUCGUUUACCGAUCUAGACUCAACGAUUUUGGUCAAUUGCGUUGGCGAUGGCCGUAAAUGA